GAUAUGGAAUCGUAUGAAAAUCCACCGGUCACGGAGUUCUCCCCCCGUAGCCUUAAGACUGAAACCUGGAGCAAUUAAAAAAUAAUAAUAAAUAAAAAAGAAAAAAGAAAAAGUUUCCGCUCCCGGAAAACGAUUUCAACGGCCGUUCGGUACCGCCGUACCAAGCGACGCCAUCCCCCUCGUCGAAUCUCUCAUUGCCAUUCUCUCCAGAUCUUGUAGCUGUCCUUUUCGUUCUUCUCAAUGGCUGCUCCACCUGCACGAGCUCGAGCCGAUUACGAUUAUCUCAUCAAGCUUCUGCUGAUCGGCGACAGCGGUGUGGGAAAGAGUUGCCUUCUUUUGCGGUUCUCGGACGGCUCCUUCACCACUAGUUUCAUCACAACCAUAGGCAUUGAUUUCAAGAUUAGAACCAUUGAGCUUGAUGGAAAACGAAUUAAAUUGCAAAUUUGGGAUACUGCUGGUCAGGAGCGGUUUAGAACAAUUACAACUGCUUACUAUCGUGGAGCCAUGGGUAUUUUGCUAGUGUAUGACGUCACGGAUGAAUCAUCAUUUAACAACAUUAGGAAUUGGAUUCGCAACAUUGAACAACAUGCUUCUGACAAUGUCAACAAGAUACUGGUGGGUAACAAGGCUGAUAUGGAUGAAAGCAAAAGGGCUAUUCCUACAUCAAAAGGUCAAGCUCUCGCAGAUGAGUACGGCAUCAAGUUUUUUGAGACUAGUGCAAAGACAAAUUUGAAUGUGGAAGAAGUUUUCUUCUCCAUAGCUAAGGAUAUCAAGCAAAGGCUUGCUGACAGCGACUCCAAGGCUGAGCCUCAAACAAUCAAGAUAAACCAAGCGGAUAACGGAGCAGGGGCUUCUCAAACUGCUCAGAAGUCAGCUUGUUGUGGAUCUUAAGACAGCUACACUAAAGGUGGUUUAUUUGCAAGGCAAUACAAUUAGGUUACUCGUGCUUCAUUUUCUGUCAUUUUUUUUCACUAGUACUAUAAUAGAACUCAAUUUGGGAGUUCAUAGUAAAUCCUUUAUCUGGAAAUUAAUUAUAUGGUUCAUCUGCCCCGUAUUUUAUUUCAAACUGCAAAAGAAGUUUCAUAUUUUAAUGUAAGUCCAUUUCGUAGUUGAGUUUA